GGAAGUCGAUGGAUGCAGGUGGCUCAGGACCGUGCUUUGUGGCAUUCCUUGGGGGAGGCCUAUGUUUAGCAGUGGACUUGUGAAGGGCUGUAAUGAUGAUGAUGAUGAUGAUGAUGAUGAACCACCCAGGUACCCUCAACUCAAACACACGCAAAAUUUCAUUAAAAUAUUUUUAUUUGAAAGCUGGUAUUUCACAUAUGGUCUCAUAUGAAUUUGAUCAAGGUGUGACCAAUAGUUUUUGAGUUAUUCUUAAUAAUUUAUAUUGAAGUCGGCUGUACACAAUUUUUAAGUUUAAAUGAUUAUCUUUUGAAUUCAAAAUGCGUGAUAAUGCAUUAUUUUAACUGAUUUUACUGCGCACGCACACAUUCGUAAGGGUCGAUCGUUAGGCAAAAACGUUGUUGCCCAUAAAUCACAUUCAAUUUGGGAUAGUUUCAAAUAAAAGUAGAAGCCUUAUUUACUCGUAUUUUCAAAAACUAAAAUAACGGUAUAUCAUUAUAUAUAUUAUAUGUAUUUGAACUUAAUUUUAAAAUUUGGUUACUCUUUGAAUAAUCAACCUUUGUAUAUAAUUCUUCUCUCCGUAUGUAUGUGACUGAAUUCCUCCUAAACGGCUGGACCAAUUUUGAUUGGUUUAGGUUCACAAUUGGAUCCGGUAGGUGGCGUUGUUGUCGAGAUCCAGAAAUCACCCGUGCGAAGCCGGGGCGGAUCGCUAGUCUUUAUAUAUAUAAUUAUUUUGUACGUGUGUUUGUCACUGAACUCCUAAUCGACUGGACCGAUUUUGAUGAAAUUGUAUUUACGUGGGUCCCUGGAUGGCUUAGAUUAAUAAUUGAACUCUUAGGAAGCGCUGUUGUCGAUAUCCAGAAAUCGCCCUUGCUAAGACGCGCGAAUCGCUAUUUUAUUUAUGUAUAUUAUAAGCUAGAUACACUAAAACUUUACUUAUUUUGUUUAGUAGAAUCAAAAUCUAGACUUUCUCCUUUACACAUUUUUUUUUGUUGCAGAUUUACAUUUGACCAGCGUCUCAAAACAUUGUUUCAUUACCCAAUCUCACCCAGUACGGUAAAAGAUCUAUAUACAAGUAUCAAAACGCCUAUACUAGCAAUAGUAACGGAUGAGUCGGUUAGAAAAGGAAAGUAUGAUACGACAAAGUUCAUGCUAGAUGAGACAACACAUCCCAGUGGUAAUUAUAGAGUGAGAGAUGUGCCCGGGCACCAUGAUAUACAUGUGGUGCAUCCGGAGAGGGUAGCACCAUAUAUAGCUAACUUUCUGUUGUAUGGCUUACAAGGGUUAGAUAGUAAAGGAAAAUUAUGAUUUUUUUUGGUUGAGGUGGGGGUGUAAUUUAAUUUAACUGUGGGGGGUAGGGUCUUUGAGGCAUUCCUAUUUUGUUAAAACUUAGCUGCAAGUUUGCUGGACUGCAGGUCACUUACCAUUGAGUAAGUUACCAUUAUAUGGGCUUAGGGCUAGUUUCUUAAUUAGUAUAAUGAAAAGUUUUUUGCAAGUUUUUUUGAAAGUAUCAAUACCAAUAUCGAUGAAAACUUUCAGUAUAUUUUAUGACAUCAUCGAUUUUCUUGUUAACAUUAGUAAUUAUUUUAUUAUUAUUUGAUUAAUUAUUAUUACAGAGUCGUAAUAAAAAUCUGACAAACAGAAUAUAAAACAAAUUUAAUAAUAUUGCCACAGUUGUAAUGAUUUUGUACAAUUAAAUUUUUCUGUUUUUUUUACAUUAUCAUUUUGCUCUAUAUAUCACGAUAAAAAAAUAUGGGCAUCGGAAACCAAUGCUUUACUUUAUUAUAAAAUAUGGAGGAUCUUUUUUAACUAUAACUUGGCAAAACCGCACCCCACCUCUAUCCCCGCGCUUCCCUAGUGACCAAUCACCGUUUCGGUAUUCCCUCCCUGUUCUAAUGACGUCUUAGCUGUCAUGCGCCUAAUUGUUUUGGUCACGUAGUAUAUGUUGUAUUUUUUAUAUAUUGAAGCUAUUUAAGAUCUAAUUAGUUCAAGAGAGAAGCUUAAUUAUUUGUCACACGUCAUGUAAACUCUGCCAGCAACUCAGGACAGCAUGACCCACUGCUCAAUACCCUCUAAAAUGUAGUAAAUUGAGCCGAGACGAAAGCCAUUAUUAUUAUGAAAAUUGUGUUAACUUGUUAUCACGAUGCCUUUACAUUGUUGUUUAUUAUACUUAAUAUAUAAUGUUAAAAAAAAUUGUUAAUUUGUGAUAUUGUAACUAAAGAAAGUUAUAGUGACAAUGGACUAAAAUAAUGCGUACGACGCAUUAAUUUUUUUUCGUUAUUUUGUUUCUAUAGCACUGUAAUAAAUUGAGUUGUACGUUUUUUUUAUUAACGUUAUUUUUUUCAUUUUGAAGGUAUAAUAAUCAUUAAGUUAUGAUUUAAAAUAAAUUACUUACUUUGAAAUUUUUUUCUGUUAUUUAUGUGUAUAUACCGAAUGUAAAAUGUUUCGAUAACGUUAUCAAAUCAUGUUUAAAAUAAUGUUAUUUAACGUUACUUACAUAUAAAUACCUAUUAUAUUGAUAAAAGACUUAUCUGUGUUUACUGUGUAAUAGUGCCGUGACGUGGCCAAUUUACGAGUAUCCAAAGCCCAUAAAAUAAGUUCCUUUGACGCACCACAGCACACUGACUACCUGUGGCCAUUGAGAUUUUCAUGCUAUGCAUUAGUAAUCAUAAAAUAUGCAUCUUUUCAUAUAAGUAUUUUGUAAAAGUAGUUUUAAUGUAGUUCUGACGUUUGAUAUGAUGCUGGGUUUCUAGAUCUGGAUGGAAAUAUUUCCAUCUGGUAAUGAAACUACAAUUUUUUAUUGAUAUUUUUAAUAGGAAUGCAUAUCUUUACAUCACCUAUAUAAAUUUUUUAUACGGGGUUAUUUUGCAAUGACUGGCCAAAUUUGGAGAAAAGGUUCGGAAUAAGUAAUAUAGGCAAAUGAUGGCGGAAAAUUAAUUUAAAAAAAUCUUAAACAUUAUGUCCUUAUUGUAUUUUAAAUUCAAAAUACGUGGUAAUGCAUUAUUUUUACUGCGCAUGCACACAUUUGUAAGGGUCGAUCGGUAGGCAAAAACGUUGUUGUCCAUAAAUCACAUUUAAUUUGGAAUAAUUUCAAAUAAAAGUAGUAGCCUUAUGUACUCGUAUUUUCAAAAACUGCAAUAACAGUAUAUCAUUAUUUAUAAAUUUAAAUUUAAGUUUAAAAUUUGGCUACUCUGUGAAAAAUAACCCUGUAUAUUCUUUACGGACUUCAAAUGCUUGUAUGCUUUCCAUUUCAUUUCGUCAUUUCACAAUUACUCGUAGUGCAGGAAGUGUUCGUAAUGGUUGUUCUAAGAUUUCCGUCUGAUGCGUAGUAUCCUUUUAGUAGUCUAUGGCAAUUAAUUCAAUAUGGCGGUUACCAGAGUCUAUGUCAGUCAAUAAUUCAAUUACUCAUGUAUUUAAUGAAACCUUUCCUACAAAUCACACAUGGUUAUAUAUAUUUGCUGGGCUUGUAUCUUGCGCUGAGUGCCUGAUGCCAACGCGUACCCGGCUGGUGCUGCGCAUGUUAGCCGCGAGCGGACGUAGGUCUUAUAGAUGCCUAUGUUCAUUCUUUUGGAUAGGUUGGAUGUCGCACAGUGUAGAAUUUCGCUCGCGCAACUAGCCUGGCUCACGAGUGAGCAAUCUAUCUGUCAUCCGAGGUUAGUAAUGGUCUUCUUCCAAGGUACGUCCUGCCCACGGAGCUGUAGCGUAGGUGGUGUCCUGUGCAGCCUGGUCAUGAAGGCGAUGGUCUUCCUAAAGUUCACGGCACGAAUUGCUCUGCUCGACCGCGGUAGGAUCACGCUGUUACAGAACACCAGCGUAAAAUAGCAGCUUAAUGUUGCUGUAUUUCGUAUAGUUAGUAUAGACAACCGCAGACCCUUUUUACUGGAAACGAGGCAUUCCAUCUUAGCCCUCAGGGGUGACAACGCAUCUGCAUUUUGAUUCUUAAUCUAUGAUAAAUGUAGAUGUCUAUGGGCCACGGUAUCCACUUACCUGAUGGUAAGUGGAUACCGUGAAAAGUUACCCUUUUCGUAGAGCAUUGUGCGGUUGAAUUCUUUCACAAUAGGGUUAAAGACAUUUAUUUUCUCUAAAUAUUGCAAACAAUCACGUAGAAAAUACAAUAUUAUGAACAGUUAAAACAAUUAGCGUAAUUGUGUGUGAUCUACAGAGGGUACAAGUUUAUAUAAUACACAAAUCAGAGUCUAUUAUUCUAAGAUUUGAUAAAUAUACAAUGUGCAAGCUAGUAAUACAAUAGAUAUUUAUAAAUAAAUUUUCCUUCAGGAGAUGGGACCACCAUAUAAAUUUGAAGAAAAUAAGUGCUUAAUGUUUAUAUUACAUAUUUAGGCGAUAUUCCAGUUGUUAACUCAAGCUCGUGAUAUUUCUUUGUCCAUCCAAAAAGUUCAGAUAAUGAUAUUUUUGAAUAAAGUAAACGCCAGCUUCAGAAUUCUGGAUCUUAAUUCUUCUACACUUUGUCUUAGUAUCACCUUCUGAAGUUGUAAUGUGGAAAUUAUUAUUUCUAUCUUUUAUAUAUUACACGUUUAAUUUCACUGUAAACCUCCAACAACAACCAACAACAAAUAAUUAGCAAUAAAAUAAAGAAAUAAAAAAUGUUAUAAUGCAACAAAGCUGUGUUCUAUGCAUAUAAUGUUACGUUACGUACCUAUUUUGUGAAACAUAUUUGAAAUGAAGUUCCUUAUCGGACGGUACGAAUUUGACGGAUGGGAGCUAGGCGAGAAAAAGAGUAAGAUUUUUCCGUUACGAUCCCUUCUUACGUAGUGUAGACGGCCUUGGCGGCUAUAAGGAAUAAUAUCGGUCUCCCUCGCACUUUUUCUAAUCUUGCCUUGAAAGAAAUAUUCAUUUAUAUGUAAUUGUUAAUCAAUAAUAUAAUACGUUUAUCAAUAAUAAUAUACUACGUAAGGAACUUCGUUUCAACCGAGUGUUCCACGACACUCACGCAUAUUUUUUUUUUAAAUUAUAGUAAUUCAUUUUAUUUCUAAAUUAAAACCUUAUGAUUUUACUCAUAUUGGAAUACGACAAGAUUGUAUAGCAUAUGCAUUAGGGGUAAAUUAUCCCAGCCUCUAAAUAGGAAUGUGAAUAUUGUUACCAUAGUUUGCAGUGUCACUAUCGUUAAUUGCGAUUUUGAAUAGAUUUUUAGUAGUUUUAUUUUUAUAUUGUCAUGUUUUUGUAAAAUGGUGUUAAAUUAUAUAAAAGGUUAUA